UGGAAGCGAGAGGAGACGAUCGGCGUUUGGGACGAGGGCGAGAGGGGUGAAAGCGUCGCCGCGAGAGGUCGUGUCGGGGGGUUGUUGGUGUGACGUCACGGCGUAAUGGCGCCGCCUUCGGCGUCGAAGGGAGCCGCGCGAUUGGUCGAGAGAAAUGAUGGCAGGCUUGCGUGCCAAUCGAUUGCCGUUGGUAGGCUCGGGUCUGGUCCGUCGGUCCGUUGGGUAUGGUUGCUGGUAGCAAGACAGGUAGGGUAGCGUGGAGGAGGGGCGGCGAGCGCAGUGCGAGCGAAACAGAGAGAGGGGGACAGCCGCCUCGGCAGGAAGUGAGCCCCGAGAGUGGGACCCCAAGGCGAAAUCCACAAAUGCUCAGACGGUUCCGUUCUUUCGUGGCGAGUGGAGGUCGCCGCUACUUGUUCGUCUUCUCGUUUUGUCUUUAAGAAUUUUACGUUGACAAUCGGAGUCGUAUCGGGCCACGGCCACGAGUCGGAGAAGGAGGAUCACGGAUGAAAGAACGUGCGCGACGGUGCACGGAGCAGCACGCGUGUACCAUCAGGUGGGACGGCGAGGGGUCGUCGACGACGGGUCGUCAUCGUCGCCCUUCCUCCUCUUCUCGACGUUCGCAGAAAAGACAAUAGUGCGGCGAGAAAAGUGAAAAUUAUAUUAUCCGCAUCCACGAUAAGUGGAGGAUCGGUUAUGCGUGUACGACGCGAAGUGACGUGAUCGAACUGUUUCCCCGGAUCGGGUUCGAAUCGUUGCAUUCAAGUAGUCGAAGAAACGGAGAGGAAACAACAGCGAGGAGGACCCAACGUAUCGUUGCAUCGUCGCGAUCCCAUUCGUCGAGCUUAUCGCGAGGCUGCAGCCAGUCACGAACGAGCUCUCGCACGGGUUCGACGGAGUUGAAACGGAGCAAGAGGGAAAUAUACGUCGAGAAAGAAAAAAGUGUUCGUCAGUUCUCGAUCGGACUUUGCCGUGAAUCGUGCCGAGAUUCGUGCGAUUCGUGCGUUCGAAUCGCUUGCGAUUACGACGCGAUUCGAGACGUAGAGUCACGACCCACGAGGAACAGGAGGAGGAGGAGGAGGAGGAGGAGGAGGAGGAGGAGGAGGAGAAGGAGGAAGAGUGCGCGUCCAGGAAUGAAAUCGCGUUGAUAUGAUGAGGAAAGAAGAGUGUUCGAUGUUUGAUCAUCCACUCGUGGAUGCGCAACGUGGAUGAGUUUUCACGAUUCUCUCAAAAAAGAGAAAGAACAAAAUCGGUGAUAUCGGAGUGAGAUCAAGCGGAGAGACAGAUUUCCCGUAUUCCCGAUAUAGGAAUGUUCGUGCCGUUUAUUAUUCGUUAAAUAAGAAUAAGUGCACGGUGAUCGUGUGCUCGAUUGACUGACGAUUGUGUAUAUAUAUAUAUAUAUAUACAUAUAUAUAUAUACAUAUAUAUAUAUAUAUACAUACAUACGUAUAUAUAUAUAUAUAUAUAUAUCGUCUGUGCUUGUUCGACGAAGUGAGUACAACGUGAUUAAACGAGGAUUUAUCGCAAGAAGUGACUCUUUUUUUAUAUCGAUCGCCGGCAAAGACUCUGACGAGAUCAACGAACGAGAGGAUAGAAUUUCGCGUACGCGUUCGCGUUUGUCGCGAACGAAAAAGAAAGUGGAAGAAAAGAGUGUCGGUGCAGUGUCGCCGACUUCUCGGUGGUGCGAUACGGAAGAUCUGGAAAAAAAAGGGCGAGCAACUUGUUUCUUUCUUCCCCCCCUUCCCUCCCUCCCUCUCUCUCUUUUUUUUUUUGCUUAUGAUCGAGAAAAGAUCGGGAAAAUCGAUUUCCAUGUUGUCAUCCUGUCAUCGCGAGGAAGGGAAAGGAAGGGUAUUGUUAUUCCUCGUCGCGUAGCGGGACGACGCGCAACAGCGGACACGCCGCCGACUCGUUUUCCCGGCAAACUUGGUUUAACGGAGGAUUCGGGACGAGUAAUUAACCGUUGAACCGUGCACACGAGUCCUUCUCGGCGUUUCGUCGAGAUUUCUUGACGUCGAGCGGUACAAGUAAACGGCGGCAAACUGUACGGGCACCGGGAAGAAGAAAUGCUCACGAUGGAGACGGACCUGAAGGGCGGCAGCCUGCACGGUCAAAUGCCACCGCACCAAGGUGUAUCGCCAAUGGGCCAUCAUACCGGAGUUUCGCCUUACGGCAGCCUCGGCUCCAUUGUGCACAGCCCGGCAUUGUCCGGAAGCCCACCGAGCACCGGAGGUCUGGGCCUGGGGUUGCCGCACCACCAUCAGACCCCGCAACACCAUUACGCGUCGAUGCAGGCGGCGCAGCAACAGCAACAGCAGCAGCAACAACAGACGAUACACUCGUUGGCCCAGCAAAACGCCGGCCAGCAGCAGCAGCAGCACCAACACCACCCGCACCAACCCCCCCAACAACAGUCGCAAACGUCCCACCAUCAAUCCGCCAACAACAACAACAACACGAGCAAGAACAACAACAUCGAUCGCGUGAAAAGGCCGAUGAACGCGUUCAUGGUGUGGUCCCGCGGGCAACGGCGAAAGAUGGCCCAGGAGAAUCCCAAGAUGCACAACUCGGAGAUAUCGAAACGUUUGGGGGCCGAGUGGAAAUUGCUGAGCGAAACGGAGAAGCGCCCCUUCAUAGACGAGGCGAAACGAUUGCGCGCCGUGCACAUGAAGGAGCACCCCGAUUACAAAUACAGGCCGCGGCGCAAGACAAAAACGUUGCUCAAGAAGGAUAAAUUCCCCCUCGGUGGGGGGGUGGCGGGCGUUGGCGGGAUGCUGGGUGUGGAUCAACGGCAAGUCGGCGGUAACGGUGGGCCCCAGCAGACCCAGUUGUCGCGCGACGUGUACCAAAUGCCCAACGGUUACAUGCCAAACGGAUACAUGAUGCACGACCCAACGGCUGCUUAUCAGCAACACGUCGCGUACGGGAGCCACAUGGGCGGCGCGGCAGCGGCAGCGGCCGCUUCGGCGGCCGGUUACCCGAGGUACGACAUGGGCCACCACAUGGGCGGCGGUAGCCCGAGCCCGAUAAACAGCUACAUGAACGGUUACGGUGGUUACGGGAGCACCACCGUGCCGGGUGGAUCGCCCUCACCUUAUCAUCAAGCCCAGCCGGGAUCUCAAAUGUCGAGCCACAGUCCGAGCGGUAGUAGCAUAAAAUCGGAGCCGACGAGUCCCGCGAGCGGUGGGAUUCACACACCGACGCCAACGGGCGCGUCGUCGACGGCCGCUGCCGGUGGCCAAAUAGUUAAACGGGAAUACAUGGGGCAACAACAGACCCAACAAACUCAGGGUGAUCUCAGGCAAAUGAUCUCCAUGUAUUUGCCUCAAGGAGUGGAACAGGGAGUCGUCCAACAUGGCGCCGGUGUCUACUCGCCUGGACCAUCUCCCGAUCCCUUGGCGCAGCAUCAUACGGCGAUUCCACCUCUAACGCACAUGAUAGCUUAGAUUCAGAAGAGAGGACAACGUGCGUAACGUGGGACAACUUUGAAAAUAUGAAGAUGAUAUUCUAACGAGAGAGCAAGUAAAAAAAGAAAAAAGAAAAAAAACGAAAGAAAGAGAGAGAGAGAGAAGAAGAAGAAGAAGAAGAAAAAAAAAUAUAAAAAAAGACCGCGAGAAUAAGAUAUUAUAUUGGGAUUAAUAUCGUUAUAAUUAAAUACGCUGAGAAUUCGGGAGACCGUGGGGGCUGAGACGAGAUCGUCGUAGAUUUCUCGCAAUCUUUGGAGAAAUGACAAAGGGCGAAAAGAAAAGAAGAUAACGAAAAAGAAAGAAAGAAAAAAAAAAAAUAACCAAGAGAAAUGAAAUUAAUCGAAAAAAAAAAAAAAAAAAGAAAUUCUUUCUUCUCACGAUUCACGCGCGAUCCGAAGAAUUCAAUCAUCGAGGAUUCGAGGAACUCGUGUACUAUCUAACGAAUUAGAUACACGAAAAAAAAAGAGGAAAAAAGGAAGGAACGAAUAAUCGCGUUCUUGAGCGAUCGAUAUAUGAUUCACGGAAGAAAUUAUCAUCGUUGGAAUCGCGCGCGUCCUCGAUCGUACGCCCGAGGACUUCCGGUCGUUUUCUUCCCAAGCUUGCGACGAAUCUGCGCUCCUGCGGCCCCCACGCUCUUCUCCGCGCCUCGUCUCGUUUGUAGAGAGCGUUUCUCUAUCUUUUUUUUUUUUUUUUUUUUUCUAUCGACGCGAUGACACAGAGGAGGCACAGAUGAUGAGUCGUUCGUUGAAUCGGACACGGAGACGCGAUUUUGGCGAGGGAAGAGGGAGGGUCAAGAAGAAGAGGGGUCCUCGCGGAAUAAAUUCGAAAAAAAAAGAGAUGGAGAUGUAUCGAUGAUUCGUCGAUGAGCGUUACAUCAUACACGGGCAAAAGAGCGAAGAACGAGAAUGAAAGAGAAUGAACGAGAGAGAGAAAGAGAGAGUUAGAAAGAAAGGGAAGCGAGAAGAAACGCGAACUGAUUAAACUUCUUACUGUGAUAAAGCAUGAAAAAAAAGUUGAAUGCUGCACAAUUUAGCUCGCGUGUAAGAAAUAGCAGGGUAUAGUCGCCGUGAGGGAUUCGAUAGAAAGGGGAUGAUGAUGUGAAAAGUAGAGGAAGAGGUAUAUCUCGGAAAAAAAACAUCGAAGCAGGAUGAGAUAAUACAAUAAGCGUAACCGUGUGUGUAUAUAAAUAUAUAUAUAUAUAUAUUUAUAUAUAUAUACAUAUUUAUAUGCGUAUAUGUAUAUAUAUAUAUAUAUAAAAUGUUAUAUAUACAUAUA